UGUUCGGAAUCGAUGGUUGGAGGGUAUGCCCAAGUCUCGAACCGUAGACGGUGUGGAAGAGGAGUACGACUCCUACGACGACGAUGAUGACCACGAGGACGAGGAAAUACCCGAUAUUGCACUUUUAGCUCCUCAAAAUGAAUUGUUGAUUGACCGGCAUGGUAGACCCAUCAUCAUGCCAUAUACCGCCACAGAUUUGCAACCCCAAAAUCCGGCGAAUAAGGCAAUCAAUAAUGCAUUGAAAUCCAAAUUCCAGGCUCCAUAUCUCAACUGGACGGAGGUCAGGGCAGAUGAGCGUGGAUAUCAACAAUUUUGGAAUGGCUUCAGGUCGCAAGUAACUUGGCUGAAUCACCACACAGCGGUUAUUGAGCGUAUAUUCAACAAAAAAGCCACCAAGCGUCUGUCGACCUUACUUUUUGAAGCGCGGAAAAAGAUUAAAAAGGAUCCUUCAAAACCACCACUUUGGCUCGCUGGCAAUUCAUACCCUAUGCUGUGCCGCAGAUGGGAAGAGGAAGAGUAUAUUGCAAAGUGUAUAAAGAACAAAGCCAACAGAAAUACUGAUGAAGCCAAUCGUGCGUGCGUACACUCUGGAGGGUCUAAAUCUGCCGGAACGCUUCGUCUUGAGUUCAUCCAACAAUUUGGUCGUCCACCCACCUUUAUGGAGAUGAAUGACAUGAUGCACCGGUAUGCAGAUUCCGGUCAGUGGACGGGGGCAAGGGCGCAAGAAGUGUCGAGGUUGACGCAAAUUUGGGUUGAAGAAUAUAAUGCAAGCCAACUACGACUACCACCUCAUAGGCGAGAUAAUGAGGAUGUUCGUCGAAACAAGAUGUCGUUGGCUUUUGUUAAGAAUGCCGGUGGUGCGACUCGAGGUCGCAAAUUCGCUGCUGGGUGUACAUCUUCUCUAUAUGCAAGUGACCCAACUGGUUUGAGAGAUGUCACUUACACAUCUUCAUCUUCAUCGAGUACAGGACGCUCUCGUCCAACUCAAAGAGAGGAAACCGAUGAUGAGUAUGAAGCGCGAAUGAGGGCCACGUAUAGAGAAGAAUUCCGCGAUGAGUUCGAAGCAUCAUUUGAUGACCGGCUGCCGGAGUACCGAGAGGGUGAUCCAGUACUGAGUAUGAGCAUAGAGGAUAUGAGUCAGAUGCUUAAUGAACCAGUUCAUUUAUAA